CGUAGAUGGCGCUGAAACGCCACGUUGGAAUUUACCGAUUGGAGAUAAAACUGUGCGAGGAAAGGUUGUGAAGAUCUACAAAAGAGUGAUUUUGAUUUACAUUUUCGGCUUUACCUUUUGUCCUCCCUGUUGCAACCAUUAUUCAACCAAGAUGACGUCUACUUUAGAGCUACCAUGCUAUACCCUCAUUAAUAUGAAUAUGGAUGUAGAGCCGCCUAAUGAGAUGCAACUAAAGAAUGAUAUAGAGAAAGGAGACACAAAGACAAAGACUGAAGCUCUGAAGAAGCUUAUCUACAUGAUUCUCAAUGGAGAGAAGUUUCCUGGAAUAUUGAUGCAUGUCAUCCGGUUUCUUCUACCGCUCAAGGACCACACUAUCAAGAAACUAUUGCUGAUCUUCUGGGAGAUUGUUCCAAAGACUCAUCCAGAUGGCAAACUCCUCCAGGAAAUGAUCCUUGUUUGUGAUGCAUACAGGAAGGAUCUUCAGCAUCCCAACGAGUUCAUCCGCGGGUCCACCCUUCGUUUCCUCUGCAAGCUCAAGGAGGCAGAGCUUCUGGAACCACUGAUGCCUGCUAUCAGGGCGUGUCUUGAGCAUCGCCAUAGUUAUGUCAGGCGAAAUGCAGUAUUGGCCAUCUUUACCAUCUACAAGAGCUUCGAUACGCUGAUCCCUGAUGCCCCUGAGCUUAUCCACAACUUCUUAGAACAAGAGCAGGAUGCUUCCAGUAAGAGAAAUGCCUUCAUGAUGCUGAUACAUGUUGAUCAGGAGCGAGCUCUGGACUACCUGAGUACAUGUAUUGAUCAGAUCCAUUCCUUCAAUGAUAUUCUACAGCUUGUCAUUGUUGAGCUUGUCUAUAAGGUCUGUCAUACCAACCCAUCUGAGCGUGCUAGGUUUAUCCGUUGUAUCUAUAACCUACUCCAAUCGUCCAGCCCUGCUGUCCGUUACGAAGCCGCAGGCACCUUGGUCACCCUGUCUAGCGCCCCCACGGCUGUCAAGGCUGCAGCAUCGUGUUACAUAGACCUGAUCAUCAAGGAAAGUGAUAACAACGUCAAGCUGAUUGUUCUUGAUCGUCUCAUCGCUCUCAAGGAUACCCCAGCUCAUGAAAAAGUCCUACAGGAUCUGGUGAUGGAUAUCCUCCGUGUCCUGUCAGCAUCUGACCUGGAGGUCCGUCGUAAGACCCUAGAUCUAGCCCUAGACCUGAUCUCAUCCAGGAACAUUGAAGAGAUGGUACUUGUGUUAAAGAAGGAAGUAAGCAAGACCCAGAAUGUCGGAGAGCACGAGGAUACUGGUAAAUACCGCCAGCUAUUGGUCAGAACCCUACAUUCCUGCAGUGUCAAGUUCCCUGAUGUCGCCGCUACUGUCAUUCCACUGCUGAUGGAAUUCUUGAGCGAUACCAACGAGCUGGCAGCAGCUGAUGUUCUUGUCUUUGUGCGUGAAGCUAUAGAACGUUUUGAGCAGUUGAAGUCUUUGAUCAUCAGUAAACUUCUGGAGGUGUUCCCUACAAUCAAAGCUGUCAAGAUCCAUCGUGCCGCACUCUGGAUCCUUGGUGAAUACUGCACCAGCAUUGAGGACAUUCAGAGUUUAAUGACCGAGGUACGCAACCUGCUCGGAGAGAUCCCCAUCGUCGAUGAUGAGAUGAAGAAAGCUGCUGGCGAGGACACACAAGAGGAGAAUGUCCAGGUGUCUGCCUCUAAACGUCUUGUUACCGAGAUGGGAACGUAUGCCACGCAGAGCGCCCUCAGUGUUGUGUCUACGAAGAAGGAGGAACAAAGACCUGCUUUACGAGGUUUUCUGAUGGAUGGUGACUUCUUUGUCGGAGCGUGUCUAUCUACAGUACUCACCAAGCUUGCUCUACGCUAUCUUGACCUCUCCAAAGACCAAAAGAAACAGAAUAGAUUCCUUGCUGAGGCAAUGUUGAUAAUGGCAACCAUUAUUCAUCUUGGAAAGUCGGGCCUUGCUAAAACGAACAUCACCAAUGACGAUGUGGAUCGCAUCGCCACUUGUCUGAAAGUACUCGCAGAGCGUCAUUCACUCAUCAGCGACAUCUUCAACACUGAGUGUCGUAGUGCCCUUCAUGCCAUGCUCCAAGCUAAGCAGCGGGAGAGUAAAAAAUCUGAUAAGGGACUUUUUGACAAGAAGGUCAGCCGUAUUCAGGCGGACGACCCUAUCAACUUCCUGCAGCUACUAGCCAAGGCUGAUACCGGUAGUACGGAGGAUCAGCUUACCAUGAGCUUGACCUUGGCUACCAUGGGGACACCAGCUAAGAAAGAGAUUGCAGAUCUUUCAUCAUCUAAACUCAGCAAGGUGACCCAACUGACUGGCUUCUCCGACCCAGUCUAUGCGGAGGCUUACAUCAACAUCAACCAGUACGACAUUGUUCUUGAUGUCCUCAUCGUCAACCAAACAGCGGAUGUCCUCCAGAACUGCUCCCUGGAAUUGGCAACACUUGGUGACCUGAAGCUGGUAGAGAAACCCCAGCCUAUGACAUUGGCUCCUCAUGAUUUCUGCAACAUCAAGGCAAACAUCAAGGUUGCCUCCACAGAGAACGGAAUCAUCUUUGGGAACAUUGUCUACGAUGUUUCCGGAGCUCAGAGCGACCGCAGCGUCGUCGUCCUGAACGAUAUUCACAUCGACAUCAUGGAUUACAUUGUACCUGCUUCUUGCACUGAUGCAGAGUUUAGAACCAUGUGGGCUGAAUUUGAAUGGGAGAACAAGGUUACUGUGAACACCAAUAUCAAUGAUCUUCGUGAAUACCUGAAACACCUGAUAUCCUCAACUAAUAUGAGAUGCCUUACUCCUGAGAAGGGUCUUUCCGGGGAGUGUGGAUUUAUGGCUGCCAAUCUAUACGCCCGUUCCAUUUUCGGUGAGGACGCCUUGGCUAACGUGAGCAUCGAGAAUUCUGCUUCCUCUGAACCAAAUGCUCCAGUAACGGGGCACGUUAGAAUCAGAGCCAAGAGCCAGGGAAUGGCGUUGAGUAUGGGAGACAAAAUCAACCUAUCACAGAAGAAGGAUAAGGAUAUGAAAUAAUUACAACUAGAACCAGAGCGGAUGGAUGACUCGCAUAAUAUUUCUUUGACUGAGCUGGCAACUUGAUUUUUUUUUCUUUUGUGUGUGUGUGUAAAAUUACACUUAACUGGAAAAUCAAAAGAUUUCUCUUUCAAUCUUGCACCAGCAACUUGAAUUUUUUUAAAUCACGCUUGAAAUGUAAAGAAAAUCUCAAUCUUCAGUUGUUGACUUCAUAUGUAUAUGUGUAUCUAAUAAGUACAUGUAGAAUAUUGGUAAGAUUAUGAAUUACCUAACUUGUUUCAUAUUUCUAUUAUGAUAGGUAUCUGCACAUUGCAAGGAUAUUUCAAGAGCAUUCUACAUACAUAUAGUUUUUAACCGUUGCUUAUGCCAACUAGAUGGUCCGUUAUUCUGCAAGCUCAGACUCUUAUUUGACAUUUUAACCAAUUAUACCAUGUCUAGAGUGAAGACUAGUCGCCAAAGGCUCUGUCUGAGUCAAAUAAUAGCCAGCCACAGUACAUAGUGAAUCUAGUCUCACUACUUCAGACUCUGCAUUAUGCACUAUGUGAAUUGUGAAAAACCAUAGGUCCAUGCCUGCAGAUUAAUGGUAAUGUUCCGUUUACAGAGCAUUCAGGUAUUACAAAAUCCAGUAGUCGACAGCAAGCUGAUAAUAAUAUUUUUAAACAAAAAUAUAUCAAAGAUGUUUCCAUGCUGUUCCUAACCUCUAAACAAAUUGAACUCGUAUGGGGUGCAUUUCAUGAAACAAAUACUGUAGUCUGUGAUUGUCACUGACUGUUUGUUAUAAGCUACUGAAAUCCUGGUAUCUGAUUGGCUCAGAGCAAAUAUGUUCAUAAAAGUCACUGACGAGAGAUGAUUAUGAAACAUUUUUCUAAUAUCAUUUUUUUCAUGUUGAUUUCAUCGAUACUCUUUUUGAUAAUAAACUUGACCUCGACCCCACGAUAAAGUGUGGUAUUAAUAUACCAGAGCAAAAGCUAGUGCUAUCACCGAUAAAAUCAGAGCAAAAAGGAACCCCCCCUAUCUCACUGUUUCUUGUUGAUAUCACUCUUGUUGAUAUUAAACUUGACCUCGAGACCCCACGAUACAGUUUGGUAUAGACAUAUCAGAGCAAAAGGAAGUACUAUCACUGAUAAAUCAGCGCAAAAGGGAAGUAAAUAAACAUUGUGAUCGGAGGUUUGGGGUGUAGACCUUCACCUGCCGGUUUCCUUUCAACCAUUGACUCACCACUUGUCAUGUGAAUGCUGCUCAUGUGAGUCUUGCUUUGUAACAGGAUUGCCACUUUUCAAAAAAAAAUACAUGUCGGAAUUCCUUUCUUUUCUUUUUUUCAUGGAAAGCCAGCAAUGUGAACAUCUAGAAUGCAUACAUCCAUUCCAAGCAUUUUAUAAAUACGAUGUUUACUCAUACAUGCAUUGUGUUAGUCUUUGUUUUCAAGGGAUAAUUGUGUAUUCAUGCAUUUCACGUCUCAAUAAUUUUGACAUUGCUGGCUUUCCAUAGUUGUUGUUGAUCAGAUAUACAGCACUUUGUAAGAUCGAGCCCUGCAGCGAUUGCCCUAGAUAAAGUUUCAUACUUAAUUUAAAAAGUUUCAUACUUCAUUUGUCAAAUUUCAUAUUUCAUGUACGUGAAAAUGUGUUGACUUUGGUCGGUGUUUGAUAGCGCAUUGAUGUCUCCGUUUCUAUCAUUUGUUCCAUUCCUUGAUAUUCCAUCCGGAAACCAAGACUUAGUCUUCUACUCGAGGCAAGGUUAAUGCAUAUAAUUAAUUGAUCAAAAGACGAUUAAAAAUCAAUUAGUACAUCAUUUAGAAUUUGUGAAGUCAUUUCAGGGAAGAAGAGGUUUUGAAACUUAAUGGGACAUUUAUAAUUGUUCACAUGCAAAUGGCAAUGUGCCAGCUUUAGCUUCUGAUUACUAUGUACAUGUUUCCUAUUGUGUAUCUGUAAUGCUAAUGUAGCUUUUUAAGAGGGUGCACAUUAAUCGGGAGCAGAGGCGGUUGUGCACAAAAGUUAGUGGAUCCCACCACAAUAUGCACUCAAAGGUGAAAGACAAUAGUUGCAGCAAACAAUUAUUUCAUGAGAAAGUCUUUUAAAUCAAGGUUAAUUGACAAAAUAUUAUCAUACAUCUAGAUCUGGUACAUUGAAAUGAACUUAUCUUUGUGAAAUCAUGAAAUUUUUGCUGAAAACCGAUAAUUCAGAUGAGCACCGACACACAAAGGCAUAUGUGGGACAGUGAAUUAAUAUUGCUUGGAGAAAUACCACACAUUCGAUGGAAUUCCAUUCUUAUUUAGCUCAUUUCUCAGCAAUUACACAUUUUCUGCCAGAGCUAUUUGGCACAUAUUUUUUAGUUAUACAUAUAAACACUUUCAUUGGAUUUUGUUCGGACUCAUUUUGAGAUCGUUCCCACAACUGGUAUUUAUCUUUAAUCAUGAGUAUGGAAUGUAGACAACAACACUACAAUGUUCAGCGAGCUCAGAGAUUAGCUUUAUGGAAUGUGAUAUUUUAUCACCCGACUUCACAAUUAAAUAUUUAACACAUGGCAGAACCUGAACACUUAUUAUGAACACAUUACUAAUUAUGUUCAUUUUCUGGUGCGGUUCACUGACUUCUGAGCACCACUAUACAUGUAUGUAGUGGAGGAUAUAUGUCUUUAAUAUAGUAUAUAAAGAACUAAUUAAGUAUUAUUAAAUAUGUAAUAACUAAGUGGUCCUUGUCUGACAAUAAAAGGAAUAGAAAAUCUAUAAA